UACUUGUUUAAAUGAUCUAAAAGACCGUUAUAUUAACUAAUGGAUUAAAUAUAAUAAACUCUGACACAAGCAGAGAGGUCUGUCUAUCGAACAGAUGACGUGUAUUAUCGGGUCUUUGCAACUUCCGGGUUUGUGAAGACAGUGUGCAGCGCUCCCACACAAAUUUGGAAAAUGUCGAAAGUAACGUUUAAAAUCACUCUGACGUCGGACCCUCGGUUACCUUAUAAAGUAUUAAGUGUACCUGAGAGCACGCCGUUUACAGCAGUUUUAAAGUUUGCAGCGGAAGAGUUUAAAGUGCCAGCAGCCACCAGUGCCAUCAUUACAAACGAUGGCAUCGGAAUCAACCCCGCACAGACAGCAGGAAAUGUGUUCCUGAAACACGGAUCAGAGCUUCGCAUCAUUCCCAGAGAUCGAGUUGGAGGAAGACACUGUCCUAGGAUGUGACUGGCCAGUGAAGUUCUGUCACAGACGAUGAACGUACUUGUGUAUUUAUUGUCCGGCCUUGAGGUGUCAACUCUCAGCUGCUCUAAAAAACACUGAUGCGGUUACAAAUCUGUCAGAGUGCCUAAGAGAUCUUACAGUGCCCAACCUCCACCCACCAAAGGUCUAUGUUUGCAGGACAUAAAUAAUAAAGAACAAUUUAUUUUUGUGCCCCCGAAUUUAGAAAGACUAGAUACAACUCUGGUCUUUCACAAAAUGUUCCAGAUUUUUUAGUGAUGUUUCAGACGGUCUAGUUGUUUAUGGUCAUUGUUUUCAUAACACACAUUUUCAAAAUCAAUUUAAUGUCUUAAAUGUGCCAAGUUUGCAUCAGAUUAUUUCAAAUACUGGUGGUAAAUAUCAUUGCCACUUUAAUGUGUAUUUACCAGUGUUCGAAAAGUAUUUAAUGCAAGAUGAGGCAAAUUGGCAAAAAACAGUGGUAGGCAGAUAAUAAAAAUGUCAAUGUGAUGAAAUUUGUCACACUGCCAUUUUGUUGGCCCCUAAAUAUAUAAAUAUAUUAUAGAUAUAUAGAGGUACACAAUAAAGCUCUAAAUAGGUUACAAAACAAGCAUUUCACAGUAAACUUAUGUAAAAACAAUGUUUAGUGAAUUAACUAUCUUCUCAUAGGUAUUAAAAAUUGCAAUGUUGCAUAAAUCAAUUUGAUGUCUCUGAUUGUCAUUUCUAAAAAGUCCACAUUCGUAACUUCACAAGUCGCUCAAGUCAGCAGUUCUUUUCUUGCAUUAAGGUUUAAAAUCAUUGCUUACUGCAAAAUUUGAACAGAACAUUAGACUGAUAAAUGACAGGCCCCUAUCCUAUGCUUUUACAUCCUCCAUUAGUGCUAGGCAGUGGAGGAGGUUCUCACUAUUCAGUCCGAUGUCAUAAUGGAUAUUUCAUUUGUUUUAAUGAAAGAGCAGCCAUGCAGUGCCCUUUCCCUGCCACUUAUUACUGAGGAAAGGGGAGAAGUUCAUUAUAACAGCAAGGCCAACAUUAUUCAAACGCAGACAUGCUACUCUGGAUAACAUUUGAAAAGGCAUGGCUUGCCUCCAGCCUUAUUUGGCAGGAAAUGAUGUGGUUUGUUCAUUAGCCAUGGAGCAAUUUGUGCUUUUAUAGAAACUAAUGAACUUGCCUACAUAAAAUUGAAAAUGGCAACAAAAAAAAAAAUGUUAUUACAAAUACUCUUGUAGAUGUAUUUGCCUUAUGCAUUAAAAGAAGAAAGCUUUGAACACAAUGUCUGUUUUUGUACUUUCCAUUGUGCAACAAGACCUUUAGAAUUUUUUUAAUUGAAUAGAUUAAAAUUAACAAUGCUUUAACACUUGUAAUGGAAAGGACAGACUUCAGUUGUCAUUUGCAUAAAUUCAAUUCCUCACCAUCUUUAAGAGGUGUACAUGAGCAAACAAAUGACAGAACUGUUAAAUAUUAAUGUUAGAUGUUGAUUUUAUAAAGGUAUUGUAGACAAAAUUGUCUGUUCUGAGAGGUUUAAAUGGGCCAUUGCCUGGCAACCUGUCUGUAAGAGUGUCGUCUUGUAACGUGACAUAUAUUUGUAAGCUAAGCUUAAGAAACUGUUUUGUUUUUUCAGAACAUUUUAUGUGCCUACAAAAACAGGUACUGGACAUGUUGUCUUCAUAUUUCUAUAGAAACUCCUUAUCCAAUCGAGCAGAAGAGGUUUGUUUUCUUUGUUCUUGAAAAGAGAGCUUGAGAGAUUUGAAUGCGCACACAAAAUUUGGCUCUCUUAGUUGCUUGUUGUCAAAUAAGUCAUUUUUUCCUCCCACCUCCUCAGUGGCUGGUUGUUGUCCACAUGUAUUACAGGUAAACUAUUGCUGCCUGUCAAUUCUGCUUCUCACUCAAUGUAUCUCUGAGAUGGAAAGAUCCUUGACAUGAAUUUAGAUUCAGCUUGUCCUUCUCGCACUCUCAACCAGCAGAUUCAUUUUCUUGAGUUUACAGAAGUAAUUAAUUCUCUGGGGUUUUCAAGCAAAGGAAACACUAGCUUUGGUAAUGAACAGAGGCAAAUUGGUUUGGCCUUUAAAAGAAUGUGUUUUUGUGCCAUUGUGUUUUUUCAGCACAAAAUAAAUGCUUUAUUUCUUCUGUAA